AUGUCCAAAUGUAAUGGUUCGGGGAAAAAUAUAUUUGCACUCAAAGGUAAUAAAUUUUUGUGUACGAGUAAUGACUUUGGAAACAACAUUAAUUCUUGCCAGGAACUCAACGAUUAUAUAAGGAACGAGGAGAAGCCACUUUUAUUGCUACUAGAUGGUAUUAAUCAAAAUUUCCACGAUGAAAAAGCUUCUUCACGAAAAAGGUUAAUUGAAUCUGAUGAAUAUGAAUCUAUAUUAAGUAAAGGACUAAAAACUAAGCGUAUUCAUAAACAUGAUAUUUUGCCUAUCAAUGAUUUUGAUAAAAAAGAUUAUUUCAAUGUUACUCCUGAUAGACUAUUGGGUUGUUAUGCUAACUUAACGAAAUUAGGUGUAAGAAUAGACGACUAUUUUUUGAUAAUUUCAAAAAUCAACAGUAACAAAAGAUCGCAAGAUAAUUCUGAUAGUGCUCUGAAUGAAAACGGAAAUCCAGAGAGAACGAAUAACAAUCGGCCAAAACUUUAUUGGGCAAAGCAUAUUGCAACUGGAUUUCCCGUCGUAAUCAAGGUAGUUAAGAAGACCAGAAUUAUGUCGUCCUUUCCUGGAAGUUAUUCAAUUUGGAAGAAACUAUGUUUGAAACUAUUAAAUUUACCGUACCAUCCUAACGUGAUGAAGAUUUAUCAAGUUCUUGAAGAUGAAAAUAAUUUCUAUCUUGUAAUGGAAGGUUUGGAAGGUGGAGAGCUUUUUCAAUUUUUAAUUACAGAACAGGCCAUUCCGGAAGAAACAUGUAAAUAUAUUAUUAGACAAAUAUUGGAAAGUGUAAACCAUUUACACUGUUUAAAGAUGCUCCAUCGUGAUGUAAAACCUGAAAACAUCAUGUUCAGAUAUAAAAGAAGAGAAGAAAAACCAUACUCUCCAAUGUCAGCAUCAUCAUUGUCAACUUUUGAAGGUACUGAUGACAAAUUAGGAUUAGAAAGAAAUAAUAGAAAAGAGGAAAGUAUUGCUCACCUUUCACUAAAGUCUUCUAGAGAAUAUUUUGAAGUUGUACUGGUUGAUUUCGACACUUGUGAACUUAUGGACGAUAAACCUCACGUACAAAUGAUAAGAAUGAAGAAGAGAUUAGUAGGAACAUUUGGUUAUCUUGCACCAGAAGUAUUAAAUGGAGGUGAAUAUUCCGCAGCAUCAGAUUUAUGGAGCAUAGGAAUAAUACUGUAUAUAUUGAUGACAGGGAUCCCUCCACUUAGGAUUGAUUUAAUGUGUGAUUACCCUAAAGCUUUGGAGGUAUUGAAAGUAAUAAGCGACCAAGGAGGAUUUCAAUUUGAUGCACCACCUUUACCUGAUUUCCCUCUAGCACAAGAUUUGUGUAUAAGACUCUUACAAUGGGAUCCAAAGAAGAGAAUACAAUCCUGUCAGCAGGCAUUGAAACAUCCAUGGUUGAUAGAUUCUUUUAAAUAUAAUCCAAUAGGACCAAUAUAUAAACAAAUUCUGUGUAAUAUAGAUAUAAAAGAAAAGUUGAACAAGAAAAAUACAGAUAAAAAUAUAAAGGAGAUAGAAGAUAUGGAAAAAUUGGAUACAUAG